ACGGUCACAGGCAGAGAGGGGAGGCGGGAGUGGUGUUUAACCGGAGGUCACGCAGAGUGGAGCUGGGGGAAGCGGCAUGGCCGCAGUUUUAAUGCUCAGAGGCUCCGCCAGGCUGUUAUACAAGCACAGGAGGGUGCACGCUGCCAGCAUUGCAAUGGUGUGUUCUAGGGCAAUGGCCUCCAAAACCCCAGUUGGAUUCAUUGGGCUGGGUAACAUGGGAAAUCCAAUGGCAAAAAACCUGGUAAAACACGGAUAUCCUGUUGUUGCAUAUGAUGUAUUCCCAGAAGCUGGCAAAGAAUUUCAAGACUCGGGAGCCCAGAUGCUACAGGGCUCUUGGCACUUGCCCAUUAUUUGUAGGAGGACUAAUGAGCACAAAAGAGCUAAAGACAAAAAAUGUUGCUAGGGUAAUGGAUUCCCCAGCAGAAGUAGCAGAAAAAGCAGACAGGAUUAUUACUAUGCUACCCUCCAGCCUCAAUGCCGUAGAAGUUUACACAGGAGCAAAUGGAAUUCUAAAGAAAGUGAAGAAAGGUUCUUUGUUAAUAGACUCCAGUACUAUUGACCCUGCCGUUUCAAAAGAAUUAGCUAAAGCAGUUGAAAAAAUGGGAGCUGUUUUCAUGGAUGCCCCUGUUUCUGGUGGUGUUGGAGCUGCUCGAGCUGGGAACCUUACAUUCAUGGUUGGUGGAGUGGAACAAGAGUUUGAUGCUGCCAAAGAACUGCUGACAUGCAUGGGUUCCAAUGUGAUCUACUGUGGAGAGGUUGGAACUGGACAGGCUGCGAAGAUCUGCAACAACAUGCUCUUAGCCAUCAGUAUGAUUGGAACUGCUGAGGCUAUGAAUCUUGGAAUCAGGUUUGGGCUUGACCCGAAACUGCUGGCUAAAAUCCUAAAUAUGAGUUCAGGCCGUUGUUGGUCAAGCGACACUUACAACCCUGUUCCAGGAGUAAUGGAAGGAGUACCCUCUGCUAAUAAUUACCAAGGUGGCUUUGGAACAACGCUCAUGGCUAAGGAUCUUGGCUUGGCACAGAUUACUGCUACCAACACUAAAACACCUGUUCCUCUGGGAUCUCUAGCACAUCAGAUAUAUAGGAUCAUGUGUGCAAAGGGCUAUGCCCUGAAAGACUUCUCAGCUGUGUUCCAGUUUUUACGUGAGGAGGAGAACUUGUGAGCUGUUAUUUUGGCAAUGGACACUAUUAGAAACCAAACAAUUUUUUGGAACCUCCUUAUAGCUCAUUUGAGAAGUAUAUGGGUUUAAUCAAAGGUCACAAGUCAUGAACCCACACUGACCUGUCUGCUUUUGGUCAUCUAGGUCUCAGCAAACUCUAGGAUUGUGCAUCAAUUCUUAAAAAAAACAGGCCGGGAGAACGGUUCUUUAUUUGGUCAAAUAAAAAAAAAAUACACCAACUGUUUAAGAACCAUAAUAGCAUAUUCACAAAAUCCAGUUAAGUAUUUUUUUUAAACUAAGUACCCAAUGAUUUGCAUAUAAAACAACUGACAUUAUGGCUCUAAAUUGUGCAAACUGAGUUGAAUCUUCAAUAGUAAUAACAUAGGGUGACAAACCAGCUUUCAUUAACUUUUAAUAAAGAUAAAGCCUUCAUGGAAAAAGGGAAGGUCCUUACAAUGAAGAAACAACUUUUUUUUCAUUUUCUUGCUAUUUAUUUUUAACUAUUAGCUUGGGCCUGAUAAUCAGUGAUGGAUUUCUCUUGGGAUUAGUGUUACAGAUUUAUGUUUAUGGGGGUGUGUAAAUUAGUGGAAAGCUGUUACAGCAUGUUUAACUGGUAGACUUAGUUAAAAUAACAUAGUAUAUAUGUCUCUCUUAUAAAGCUCCAGUACUAUAUUUGGCUAACCCAAUUUUAUAUUUCCUUCUUGCACCCUGUCUUAUAUUUUCAAAAGUCAAAAAUGGCACCUACUAAAAAUUCUGACAAAUGUACAUUUGCUUUAGAUAAUUACUGGAUUAUUAUAAAUAUAAAUAAAAUUAAUCCCAUUAUUUUGAAAUCAAAUAAAAAUCUAUGUUGGUAAAUGCC